CGGGUUGUUUAACAGUGUUUUUUCAACAUUUGUCGUCGCUGUGCAUUUUGUACGUUGGCUUCCCCGUGGAAUUCGGGUCAUUGAGAACUGGUGAACGAUACAGAAGGUCGAAUCUUAAACGCCGCCUUGAAAUUAAAGAGAAUACGGUAAAUAAUGUCUCCAUCGAUCGAUCCACUCCCAGUACUGAACUUGGACACGGUUCUGACCCAAAAUCUUGGCAAAGACCUUCAAGUGAAGUACCUAGAAUGGAGGCCGCUAACUGCCCCGGGAGAGAACUUUGGAAGCAUAAUGCUAGCUAUCGACGUCACAGUGACACGGGCUAACAAAACGGAGACUCUGAACCUGGUCGUUAAACUUCCACCCACGUCUGCCUAUCUGCUGGACUUGUUCAACAGUCCUGUUACGUUCAAGAAGGAACUGUUGUUCUAUAGCAAAAUGGCCAAGGAGUUCACGAAUCUCCAGUUGGAAAGUGGCGUGAGAGAAGAGGCCCUGAGCAUCAUCACGCCCAACUACUUUGGAGGAAGACUAGGUAUACGCGACCCAGAGAAUUUCGACGAGCAAGCCCUGAUAAUUUUGGAGAAUCUAAAGUGCAGUGGCUACAGCACAGAGGACAGGAUACUGGGACUCGAUAAGAAGCACGCGGAGUUUGCUCUGGAGGAACUGGCCAAGUUGCACGCGCUAACCAUCGCCCUGAAGAUCAAGAAGCCUCAAUUGUUUCAGAAAAUGGCGUUAGAGGUAUUGGUAGAGGUUAUGAGCGAAACGACAGAGAAAUGCGUAAUCGACAUGAUUCGCAAGGCGCAAACGGACAUAAAGGACAUCGAGGAGGCUAAACCGUAUCUAGAUCGCGUGAACAGGACCAUCGAGUUUGGCAUACAGCUGAACAAGAACGCGAAGAAGCCAGAGGAACCGUGGGCGACUCUGGUUCAUAACGAUUUCUGGGUGAACAACAUGAUGUUUCGCCACGACGAACACGGCGAGCUGAUCGACAUGAAGAUCGUGGACUUCCAGUUGUGCGUAUACGAUUACGGCAUCAACGAUCUUAUCUUCUUCCUCGUGUCCAGCGUGAGGAAUGAUAUCCUGGACAAUAAACUGAACGAUAUGAUCGAUUAUUACUAUUAUUCUUUCAUCAAAAUGUUGAAGAUGUUGAACGUCGACACCGAGAAGUUCACCAAGCAGAAAUUCGACGAAAUCGUCGACUAUUGCGGACCAGUGAAGUUCAACCAGUGCAUGAUGAUGGCUCAAGUGAUUCAAGCGCCACGGGAAUCUGCUCCCGAGAUCAAGGAUCUGAAAGACGACAUCUUCUUGAAUCGAGGCGUCGACGACAAAUACAAGCAGAAAUUGCUGCACAUCGUUCACCUCUUCGACAAAAGGGGAUGGCUGAUUAAAUAGUAUUUAAUGCCGCUGUUGUUGUAUUCUUAGAAAAUUUGUUAAAAGAUCGAAUAGUAUUUUUAUACGCGAACAUUUUCAAAGUACAAAUUCGUGAAGAACGACAACGAAUGUUUAUAUAUAAUUAUGUUUGUAUGAAAGUCGGUGUAUAUAGAGUAAAUUAUAGAUAAACAGCAUAUAGUAUUUAAGAGUAAUCUAAUAUCGAGAAAAAGACCAAAUAUGUUCGUGAUAUUCGUAACACUAACAAGUUUUAAAAAUUAAAUAUUUGUUUAGAGAGAAUUCUACUUCGUUACGCGUUGUUCUAUGCUUUCAAGUAUCUGUACUACUUUCUACAUCCGUCAGUCGAUUCCAAUAAUGAUGCUUUUGUUUUGCAGAGGAAAUGGCAUUAGCAGUUUUCAUUAAAUUUAAUAAGCUCCGUUAUUUUUCCGACAUACUGUGUAUACAUAUAACUACCAUAUACAUAUAGUAAUUAUUUAAAAUAAAACAACCAUCUUCUAUUUCUAUGCUAGAAAGAAGGAAAUUGUCACACUUUGUUUAACGUUCACUCUUCAAUAAUGGUACGAAUACCGGUCGAAGAGUGAAGAAUCAUACACGAGGCACGUACCUACGAGUCACGUUGCCAUAACUGUGAAAUUAGUUCUUUUCCAAAUGACUGUGCAUUCGUCAUUGGAUUUUGAAUAAAGAUAAAACACUAACUACAGUAUAAAUGGGCCUUGAAGUCUGAAAAUUGGCCGAGAUAACGUAAUACUACAGUCAUCGACGCAUUUAUGCAAAUAUUACACAUAUACCUAUCUGCAACCGUUUGAAAAUUUACGCGAUGGUCAUAUUUCUAAGUACUUUGCGAUUAAAUGAAAUAGAUAUAUCACAAACAGAAUCUCCAUUUUG